AGCCCCGCCACCUCUGCUUAUGGCUUCUUAGGCUUUUUGCAUGUUACCUCUGCUGGAGCCAAAAAGUAGUUUUUAUUUAUUUUAUUGACUUUAUUUUUUUCUUGAUUUAGCUUUUUUUUUGGUUGGUUUGUUUUCUGGAACAUCAUUUUGUUAGUGUUUAGAAAAGUAGCCUACAGGGUGUAGACAGUUUUAGAAUAUAUGGUAUAGAAAGAGGAUUCAACUUAAACCAGACUGGACGGACAGAAACUGAAAAUCUGUCCUAUGUGGCGCCAGGGUAUUCAGUCAGAAAACCAGUCAGCUAAUGGCACAGUGAGGGAGAUGGGCCUUGGACCUAUUCCAUCCAGCACUAAUGGGAAAUGACACUGCUGUACCCAAUGGAAUUUGAUCUCUGAUCAUACUGCGGCGACUCUUCUCUGCAGCAAAAAUAUUUAACUGGGUUCAUGCUUUUGUGAAAUGCUUUUGGACUACUAGUAUCAUUUUUAACAAUAACAGAUUGUAGGCUUACUACCUCGGGAAUCAAUGCAGAAGUGGAAUGUGACUUAGACGGGCAAUAUCCUCAUACCUUGAAGUGCAUACCUAACAUGCAGUUCUAGUCCUUUUUAAAGAUAUCUAGCUUUUACUUGUUUAGAGGCAAACUUUUCUUAACUAGCUAAGCUGCGAUCAGUACUGGAAGGCUGUGUCUUAUCAAGUAAACUAUUUGACUCGUUCACAUAGUGCCAAAAUGAUUGAGCUGAUUUACACUUUCUCAUCUUGAAGAAAUGCAUCCCUUUUAAGUCCUCUUGCUAGGCAUAUUAUGGGAUGUGAGAUGUUUGUUGGAUUGUGCUCAAUAGUCCGUUAAAACAGGGAUUAGUAAUGAGUGUCCCUUUUUGACGCCCACACACUUUAGCACUCAACUCCAAUUACUGUGGGGAGUAGAUUGCAUAAGAAGAGUGAGGUUUGGAAGUAAUAUAUUAACCCAACUGAGCUACAGAGGACCACGUACAGUGAUGCUCUCAUCAGAGGUUGAAUGAGAAUUACAAAACAGUGUUUGACAAUUUCUUAUCAGAUGUUUUGGGUCGUGUUAUUAGUGAUUCCAAUCAGGCAGUGUUGGCCCCCCCGCUGCCAGUGGCUCUGAUUCGUGUUCACGGUGCGGUAGCUGUUUUGUAAUUUGUUUACUUGCGUUGAGCCAAAAUACUACAUUGCUUUCGGCUAGAUGGAAAGUCCAUUCGUGUAUGUGGCCUAGUUUGAACAAUGCAUAAUGGACCUCAAUGGGAGGGGAAGACCAAGACAGCCCACCAUUGAGUUGUGCACUGAUGAACAACAUGUCCACGGUGCUGUGGGUUUAGGGUGGCUGCAGGGUCACGCUGACUUGCCACAAUGCCUAUAUUGGGCACCAAGCUACAAUAACAGAAUACUACAGAUAACUUGUUGAUGUAAGCUGUUGGGUAGUUUAUGAAAUGUACAAUAACAUUGGAUUUGAAAAGAAAAAACUGAGCCACCGAUUUGUUCCUCUUAGAUUUGGAUCUCUUGACUAAUUUAUAGUAAAUAACCACAUAGAAGGAGAGGCUGACCUUGUUGCAUUUGGAAAAAGUACCAACUGCAUAUUUUCGCUAUUUCUGCCUGAGAGAUUUCCUCAAAGCAGGGGUUAAACCCUGGUCUCUGUAUGCCUGGGGAUUGCAGAGGCAAGCAGGCAGCUGACGUGUACCUCCCAAUAUAGCUGCCAAUUCUCCACUGAUCGCUUGUCUCCGGGUGUUGGAAAAUGACAGGGGGGACCAUCAGGCUGAAAAGGGAUCAUGUGAUUAUUGGAGCAGCUUGGAACAUCUUGCGGAUUAUGUAUGUAUCUUCCCCCCCCCAUGUCCCAGGAUGCCCGUGGUACUGUGCCAUGUGAGGAGGAUCCUUGUCCCAGUCCGACUCUGUCACUUCAGCUGUGGCACAUGGAAAUAGCAGCAGGUUAGCACGCUUAGUGGCUUAUUGACAGACUGCAGUACGGGGGGACAUUAUAUUGGAAGCCUCAACACCAGGACUAUUGUCCAGCUGGUUAUGUGUGUUGUGUUAGCUGGGUGUUCUUGUUGAUUUUACAGAUAGGCAGGUGGGAAGAGGCCAGAAUAGUGCGACUUAGUCAUGCUUGCAAAUUGGCCCGUAGAUCCUCCUCUGCGGAUGAGACUAGUCCUGUAAAUCAAUGACGUUUUAAUUUCACUCCGGUUAUAUUUUUGACUUAGAGGUAGUAAUAAUAAUAUGCCAUUUAGCAGACACUUUUAUCAAAAGCGACUUACAGUCAUGUGUGCAUACAUUUUUUUAAACGUAUGGUGCACUGUAUUCAUUCCAGGGAUGAGUCAUCCAAGUACAUUAAAGAUAUUGGAUUGGAGUUCUACUGCUUGAUUAAUAUCGUACCUAAUUUACAAGAUUAAGGUACGACAUUACAAUGCAUUACUUACACGGACAUCUGCAGUAUUGAAGACAUGAGGAAGAGUCAUUCCCCUUAGUAUGUAGGCCUAGAGGUUGUGUUCAGAUGGGAGACACCGCUCAUUGGGUAAUCAGAUGAUUUAUGUGUUAAUUAGGUCAUUAUGGAAAUAACGUCUUGUAAUUUAGCUCCUGUUUAUACUAGGCUGCAGUCACUUGACCCUAGUCCCUGGCCCAUAAAAGGCAUUGAGAGUUAAAACGGGGAGCGUUUAUCCUAUGUGACCUUUGCUUCCAGACUCGUCUUCUAGGCACAUUUUUAUAUCUCGUCCCCGUUGUGUCACAUUCAGUUCUAUGAUAUCAUCCCCGUAGUCUUUUAUGUUGGUCUUCGGGAGAUGUGAAGUGACUGCUCAACGGUUCUCAUUAAGGUCGUUGAUAUUACCCAGAUAGAGGAAGGAUGGAGUGUACCAACCCUAUCGGAAGUAUUUUGUAGGACAUACCAGACAAAGUACCCGAUUUAACAAAACUCCAGGCCAUAUUCUAUGCAGCUGUACUUUAAAAAAUAUAUUAAUAUAUGCAUAGCAAAAGAGAUGUGAUUGUGAUGUAAGUAGACAACAAUGCAUAUGCUACCACAGGGCACACAGUAUAACAAUUUUGUUUAUUGAUGCAAUUUUCUUAUUUAGUUUGGAGCUGCUUCAUUUCGACCAUACAAGUCAUUUCCAACGUUGCCUCAUUGAAAAUGCUCUUCAAUGGCAACAACUUGAGAUGUUAAGUCAGCAAUGCAUGCUGACUGACACACCCUCAUCCAUUACUGCCAUUAAACCGUCCCAUGCGAUGCAUGACUGCUUGGGCUGCAACAAAAUGGCCUCCACCGACUAUAACUGGAAGUGCAUGGGACUUUGAGUGUGUCUGAUGUUUAUGCCCUCCUCCUCCUUUCCUUCCCUGCCUCCGUGCAUGGCCGAUGCAGACAAAAGGGUGGUGCUGGGCUCUGACAAGCCCUCCUCAGAAGGGGUGGCCACCUCCCUUCGCUUCGCCAGGCCUUCUCAACCCAGUUCGUUUUCUCCCACUAACUACGGGAGCGACCCAUCAGGUCAGCCCGACAGAAAGCCAGAUGAUUCACCGACAGUGACGUCCCCCGUGUCUGAGAGGAUUAAGGCACUGGAGGCCCUGGCAGCAAAGGAGCCCGAGCCCAAGAACGACGGCGGCUUCCCUCACUUCAAAGAGCGCCACUAUGAGACGUCUCCUACUGAGGCGCCGACAGAGAGCACCUCACCCUUCCAGAAAAAAGGAGCCUCCAUUGAUCUGGAAUCACCAGAAUCCCCCUUUGAGGUCGUGGGAGAAGUCCGACAAGGGAGUGAGUUUGAAGAUACUGCAGACUGGAUGAGAGCUCACUUACCCCCUGUGCCUGACUUUGAAGAUGCUCUUGUAUCAGAGGAGGAUGGCAAAUCCCAAGAGAUAAAAGUGGCAGAUAAAGUGGUACCUGAUGAUCCAGAGGCAUUUGCCUGUGUCCCUGACGCUUUCAUGGACUCUCCCAUUGAAAGGCCUGAACUGAAAAAUGUGUUCAAAGACCCAGCGCAGCAGUCUAGCGUCGAGGAAGAAUCUGAAUUUGACCUGAGCUUCCUACCUAAAGCUUACGUGACAGACACCCAAGGCCCUGCUGACCUUGACUCUGAGCUCCCUGCCUCUCCUGCCCCUCCUGCCCCUCCUGCUGGUUUUGACUCUCCCUCUCCAUCCCCUCCCUCUGACUCUAAAGAGAAGGAUUUGAAGACCAAGCAGGCCCCAUGGGGUGGUGACCUGGAGCUCCCAGAGGUAGUCGACAGCUCAGGAGACUCGGAGGACACAGUCAUCGAGGACAUAGCCUCCAUUCCUGCCCCCUCUUCGUCAAGUGAUACUACACCUGCCCCCAACCCCUCUGUUCCCUCCCUCCCUACUGAAGAAAAAGAAACCCUGCCAGCAAAGCAGCCAAUGCGGGUCCCUACCAUCAAUGUUAUCGAGACGGACGAGCCGAAUUACAGCGAGAUGGAAAUGGAAAUGGAGGAGGAAGGUGAUGAAGUUGUAGAAGGCCCUGUGAAAGAGGCACCAAAAACACCUGAGCCGCAACCAGAUGUAACUAGAUGUGACAAAAUUCCUCCCUUAGAAUAUGAUUGUUACUCUCCUCCCUCCUCUCCGGUCGACUCUGAUGAUGAAUACUCACCUAAACACAAGAUCCUCAAAUCUGAAUGCAAUACAGAUAAUCAAAAGACCACAGCACCUAAUGAUGGGUCAAAGGGCUCCAGUGCUGAGGUUUCACAAGCACAGAAAGUAGAGUCUGAUCAAUCACAGACCCCCAAUGAGUCUAAUGAAAAUUCUUCACCUUCCACUGCCAAACCUUCUAAGAAAACCGCAGAGAACCUUUCAGACUUUCCAGAAUAUGAUGACGAUGACUGGUCAACUGGCGCACAAGAUAUCUUAAUUAAAUCUAGCUCUGCUAACAUUACAGCUCAGGAUCUUCCACUUCGCCCCUCAUCCAAGUUUGAAGAGAAGCCAGAGUCUGAUAUUAAAGGGGAUUAUAUGCAGACAGUUGAGCUUUCAAAAUCCAACUACAUGCAGGAUGACGGAAUCCGUAAAUACGACAGACAAUCUUUUGAGGACGAAGACGCACUGCCAUCCAUGGAUGACACCAUUGAUGCUAAAGAGCUGAACUUUGACACAGUACAUGAGCCUUCUCCUUCCGAUCCAACCUCACAGAUCCAUAUCGGAACACUACUCCCUCAAAACAAUGCAACCACUAUGGAGCAGGAUAUCACCUCGAUGGCUGAAGAGGACUCCUUCCCCAAGCCAGUUGGAGGCCAGCCAUCUCCCAGGGAGUUUCCCAAAGAUCCAUUUGCCUCUUUCCAGAGCAAACUGCCUGGCAGCACCCUGGAGCCCAAGCCUGAGAAGAAACCGAACGAUGACAUCAUUGCAGAUAGCAUUGUCAACAGCAAGACGCUUCCACCUCAGGACGCUGGGGCGAAGGAGGACACUGACGCAGGACACCAUUCAACAGACAACACCAGUGACCCAGAAAGCAUUGAGCCGGACUGCUCAGUCUCUGGUGCCACAGACAGCUUCGUCGAGUUCAUGAGGGAGUGCCUGAAGUCACGACAGGACGAAGAUCCAGAAGACCUCCAUCAAGGUCUCACAGCCAAGGAUGAGUGUCAUAAAACGGGUGCCCCUCCCUCCCAGUCCACACCCUCCGUGGGCAUGGAUCUGGAGCAGGAACGCCUCACUAUCAAUGCACUCAAAGAGUUGGGCAGCAGCCAAGAGGAGGAGGCUGACUUCCAUUCUAGUAUCAAGGCUUCUGAGAAAUCCCAGUCUUCCUUUAUAUCGACAACCUCCGACCCUCCUUCUCCCCAAAACAAACCUGCUUCCGGCGGCGCAUAUUCCAAAGAGGUAGAGGCCAUCGACGUGUGGGUGGCAGAGGCCUACCACCUUGCAGAGCAUGUCUUGGCAGCAAUGCUAACGCACUUGUCAGUCAAGGACUUGGUGCACUGGCGAGACCCCAAGAAGUCGGGCGUGGUGUUCGGCCUGUCCCUGCUGACGCUCCUGUCCCUGGCGGCGUUCAGCGUCAUCAGCGUGAUCUCCUAUCUGCUCCUCGCUCUGCUCUGUGUCACCAUCUCUUUCCGCAUCUACAAGGCUGUCGUCCAGGCCGUGCAGAAGUCCAACGACGGACACCCCUUCAAAGCUCUGAUGGAGAAGGAUGUCAGCGUUCCCCCUGAGACCUUCCGCAAGCACGUGGACGUCAGUCUGACCUACAUCAACCGAUUCCUAAAACAGAUGAGCAAACUCUUCCUGGUCGAGGACCUCAUCGACUCCCUAAAGAUGGCUGUUGUGAUGUGGCUGCUGACCUACGUAGGAGCCGUCUUCAACGGGAUCACCAUCCUCAUCCUGGCUGACAUCCUCCUCUUCGCCGUACCCCCCUUCUAUGAGAAGAACAAGACCCAGAUUGAUCACUACAUGGAAAUCACACGUACUCAAGUCAACACCACAAUGGCCAAGCUGCAAGAGAAACUCCCUGGAGCCAUCAAGCGUACGAAAGCUGAAUGAUCGGCCCUCAGACGUCACCAUCCUCAUCACAUUUAUCCCAUCUUAAACCCCCUGCCCUCUCCUUGCCUCUCCUUUUCAGUUACCCUCCCCCUUCUCUUUCCCUACUCCCUCCCUCCCACCUACCAUCCGCACUGAACCUGCUAGGUAGAAAAAAUAAUCUAAAAUGCUACUCAAUAUUCAAUGUAAACCGCGCAGCUUAACUACAAGAAUUUAGAAAAAGACAGGAAUCACGUCUCAAGCGGGAGGAAGUGAUGUAACGCCUCGGCAGAACACCUGUCUUUGAUGCAGGGGUCAAGUGAACUAGACUGAAUCAAUUACCUGGUUUUGUAGUGUAUAGUUGGGAGGGUGUAGGGAGUGUCAUUGACGAGUAAGGACCAGUGUUUGUUUGGCAAAAAAGCAGAUGUCUGUACUUUUAACUAUACGUUUCGCUGAACAUAAGUAAACAAUUAAAAGUUUGAAAAGUUUUUUUUAAAAGAGCAAACUGAUAAAUAACCUUUUGGGUGUAAAUUGUGGCUAGUUUUAUUCCUUCUCUGUCUCGCUCUCUGUGUGGCAAUUGGAUGGAUAAACCAAACAAAAAAAUUUUUGUUUCGAACCUGGUACUGGGAUUUCACUGUUACUGAUUGGCCUGUUUAUGGAGUUAUUGUGUUUUGUUCACCUUAAAGGCUCGUAUGUAUAACGUUUCUGCAAUGCACUGAACUUUAUUUUCAAAUCCCACUAGCAGGUUGAAAUAAAAGGAUUGGAACACUGAA